UUUCUUUUUGUUUGUUUUGCAUUGUUAUUAAAUUUUUAAAUCGCGAAAUCAAAGUCGGCUGAUAAUGGAUAUAAGUGCAGAUGUGGACAAGAUUAUAGCCCAGGCUCCAGAUUGGAACUUUGCAGGCGAUUGCGCUCUUCUUGCGUUAAUGAAACGCAUUUCCCAGAAUCUGCACGAGAGGGGCGAAAAGACCACUAGGAACUUAAGAGACUUUGAGACGAGCGUGAGGCAAGUGGAUAUAUCUCUAAAUAAUGCCACCAACAGUCUGCGUUCCCUGCAAUUUGGAAAUCAGUUCGUUGAGUACCGGGUGGAGGAAGUGGAUGACGCCGAUUUGGCCAUGCCCGUAGAUAAGAAGAAGAAGCCCGACCCGCCACCCCGAAGUUCCGAGGAAAUGGCCAAGGAGUUUCUGGAAAACAACCUGCGUAUGUUCCGCAAGAACUUUGAGCCGGUGACCAUUGAAGUGCCCGAUUCGGAUGACGAGGAUGCACCGGUGCACUCAGUAACCGUAUAUCGGGCAAAGAAUCCCUACGAUGCUAUUCCCCUGCCCUAUAUUAUUGGCACAAAGGAAUGGGAGGAACACAAAUACGCCGGACUCUAUGACAGUAAAGAGAAUAGUGAGGAUGAAAAGCCCGAGGAAUUCUCCUCCGGCUCAUCGGAUGAGGGGGAAUCCACCGUAAGCAACAAAAUCACAAAGCCAGCGAACAAAUUGGAGGAGCCUCAUCUAUCCGACUCCUCCUCAAUGGCCUCGUUUGCCAGGGAGCCAUCCAUUGUGUCGCCAGCAAUUAAGCCCGCUGUUCAGGUCGCAGAGGCUGCCAUGAAGACACAACCUCGUCCGAUUAUAAGUAGUCAACGGAACCCUCAUGAGAGGGACAUGUUCGCCGCACUCCGGCAAUCGCCGCCUAGCGACGAUCCUCCUUCCACUUCGUCCUCGCCUACAUCUUCACCAGCUUUUCGGAACCCCUCCAGUCGCUUGCCAAUAGCGUCUACAGCUUCACUGAGCUCCAGCAGCAGCAGUCCUGCCCAGCAGCCGCCAAGGCUUUUUGACGAAGCUGUUUCAACGCAAACACCCACGGAAGCUGAGAAAAAGCCAAGCCAAACUAAGCGCAUGCCCGUAAAUCUGUUUAACGACGAUCAGUUUAACACGUUUAUGUCGGAAAUCGUUGACAAAGUUAAGGCCAAACAGGGUACGAACGUGAUUUCAGAGAAGGAAGCACAACCACCCAAAGAAAGAGAGCCUGAGGAAAAAUACUCAAAGCCGGAGAUUCCUAAGCAGAUCAUUGAGCCACCUGCCCCGAAACGUGUCAAUCUAUUUGAUGAUAGUCCUCCCUUGAGUCCAGCUCCCAGGCCAGAUUCUUUGUUCGACAAUGCCAAAGCAGCGGGUGCCAUUCCAAAACAGAGCCCGGCCAUUGUGGCCAAAAAAGAUCAGGCCAAGUCUCUCUUUGACGAUUCUCCUUCCAUGCCGAAGUCAAUUCCUUCUAAGGAGCCACCCAAACAAUUGAAAAAAUCACUGUUUGACGAUGAUUUGGAAGACGAUGACUUCUUGAGCUCGUUUGCACCUAAAACCAAGCCACCAGAACAAAAACCCCUUUCGAAACCAAAGUCCUCUUUGUUUGAUGAUGAUGAUUUGGAUAUAGAUGACAUAUUUAUUAAACCAUCGGCCAAGCCACAAAAAUUCUCUGAAAAAGUAGAUCAAAAAAAAAGUCUGUUUGAAGACGAUGACCACGAUGAUGUCACUGAUCUGUUUGGCUCAAAACAGGCUAAGGAAGUAAGAAAGGAGUCGCCAACGGACAUUUCGCCCGAUAAAAAGAUUGAGCCACCGGUAGCGGAAAAGAAAAGUUUGUUCGAUGACAUCGAUGAUGAGGAUUUAUUUGGAACACCAAAGGCUAAGAAUUUAAUUACUAGUGAACCAUAUAAUGGUCCCAAGUCUUUUAAUAAUACUGAUGUUGAAAAAGAAAGUGGUUCAAAAGAAUUGAUGAAAACGGAAAUAAAGUCAAUGGAUCCGCAAGUGAAAAGGGUAAACUCAUCUAUACCUAUUGUUCAAGAAUCACCUCCAGACUUUGAAGUUGUCAAAGAGCCAUCUCCUUCUACAGAGAAUAAAGGUGGACAGGCUAAUGAUGAUUUUUCUGCAUCUAAUAUUCCUAAAACUACAAAUUUGUUUAAUGAAGAUUUGAGUGAUGAUGAAUCAUUCUUAAGUUCUUCAAAUAGUAAGGCUAAGCCAAAAAGUGCUAUUAAAAGUAAAGAAUUUAUAAAACCAAUCGAACAAAAUACUUUUCCGGAAGAAAUCGUUGCAGUUGAACCUCCAUUAUCUUCUCCCAAAACAACUGAUUUGUUUAACGAAGAUUUAAGCGAUGAUGAUACAUUUUUAAGUGCAUCCAAGACUAAGGAUAAGUCUGUAGGUGCUAUAACUACUAGUGAAAUUAAUAUGCCGGCAAAAGACGAGUUGGUGCAUGAGAUUAAGCCAGAAGAAUUACCACACAAACUGCCAAAGAACAAUGAAGAUAAUACCGCCGACGAAAAGGAGGAAGUUGUGCCUAAAGAGUUAGACAAAUCUGAAAUAAAAGUCUUAGUUUCCGAAAGUCCGCCGCCAGACGAUUAUGAAAGCAAUCAAGAUCCCAUUAUAACAAUGGUGGCCGAUGUCACAAACAAGUCACCUAAAGAUCUUUCCACCACUAGAAAGCCUGCGGACUUGGCUGCUGCACAGCAAAUCAUGCAGAAUUACUCGAAUCUCUUUUCCGACGAGCCGCCGGAUGACAGUGAGUUUUUCCAAACGCUUGCUAGCAGCGGUCUCAGCAGCCUAAGUGCCUCGAAGAUCUUUGACAGUGAGCAAGACUUCUUUGAACCCGCCUUGCCCCAAAUACCCAGUGCGACCAAGGCUUCGCCAGCGACGCCCGGGGAUCAACCUUCGUCCACAUCCGAUUACGGCGCCAUGUGCUUGUUCAGUGAUAUCCCGCCCGAAGACGAUGACCGCGAAUGUGCAGAAGCACCAAAGCAAGCUGUAGCUCAAAAGGAGGAAUUUGCAGCCUCUACAACCCGAAUUCAUACCAUUUUCUACGAUGACUUUAGUGAGACAGCAAGGGCAGGAGCAGUGCAGCCAGCUCCGCAGCUCUUCAGUUUCAACGAUGAACCACCACCAGCUGACGAACCUGAUCGCAGCAAAGCCAAGGAGAACUCCGAGUUGCCUACUGCCACUUCUCCUGUAAAGAAACUGAAAAUGCCUAACAUCAACAUAAAUGUGCAGGCCUUGCUUCCUGGCUCCGGAGUUCGGCCCAAGCAGCUCAGGAAACAAGGCUCAUCGAGUUCCGAAAGAGAAGAAAGUGAGUCCAUACCAAGUGCCAAGGAGAAGACUAUGCCAUCAGCUGAUGGCAGUCUGCAGCAUGUGAACAAAUCUCGGGCUCGAGGACCUGCCAAAAGGCGACCCUCGACCAGGAAGGGAAGAAAGGAGAACUAUGCCAAAAGUCUGCUGGAUGCUGAUCCGGGCGUAACUUCUUUAGCUUCAUCCAUAGAUAGCCCUGAGUUAGAACCCUCGAAGUCUAGAUCUAACAAGGCUCUCCUUUCCCAGUCAGUUGCCGAUGGAAAACUGUUUUCUAAUCCAGCGCAUUCAAUUCCCAAUGAAACAUUAGCUGGCUCAUUUUUGGGCAGUCCUGAGGAAGCGGAUUCGUUCUUUAAUUCUGUCAAGACAGAGGAAGUUCCUCCCACUUCCCACUACGGAGGAAAUAAGGGAUCUGAUCCACCCAAGUCCUAUAGAUCAUUCUUGGACAGUCCUGAUGAGGAUGAUCUACUGUUCAGCGCUUUUAAGAAACCGACUUCGCCUUCUGAAAAUAAGGUGGCUGAAAAAGAGCCUGCUUUGCUUGUCCCACCAGAGGAGCGGCCGAGUUUGGGCAGCUCUUUUCUGGACAGUCCAGAUGAAGAUGAUUCUCUAUUUAGUGCAGUGAAAACAGUGGUGGCUCCUGCUGCUCAAAAAUCAAUUGCUCCUAAAGCGGACAGACAGGCUGCUCCUGCAAAAGCUGCAUCAACAAAAGAAAUUAAAAAGGCUGCACCGAAACUGUUUGAUGACAGCGAUGAUGAUGAUGAUCUAUUUGCCACUGCCGCUGUGCCAGCUUCUUUGUCUAGUAUCCAAACCACCAACAGCAGGUCUGUUCCAACUAAACAGUCAACCAAACCGCCGGCGGCUUCACUCUUCAGCAGCGAUGAUGAUGAAGCGGUGGCGCCAACUAAGAUUGCUCCUGCAAAGAAGUUACCCCUGAAUACAAGCAAAAGCCUAUUUAGCGACGACGACGAUGAUGAUGAUGACCUGUUCGGUGGAAGCACUGCAUCCAAGGGCAGCACAACCGAAAAGACCAAACCUCUGGCCCGGCCUGCAUCCAAACCAGCCACCAGCAGAGCCAGCACGGCAACUACAACUGCAACCAUUCCCUCUAGUUCAAAUGAUAACCCACUGGCGGAUCUUUUGGAUUUGGAGUAAACACAUGAAUGCCUUUUAUUACAAGUAUGUACAGUUUUCGAUCGUUUGAUGGUUAGACUGUCGAUCCGAGUAUUGUUAUCCGUAUUCCUAAUAACUACAUAUAAUAAACAAUGAAUGUCAA